CGUUAGUGUUUACGUCACAUAAACGCGCCGAUGAGAUCGCGACUCGCAACCACGAUGGAAGUUGAUGGACUGUCCGCUUUUUCACUUCGGGAAUUUGGUUGUGAACAGAACCUUUUGUCACGACCCGAUGGCUCGUCCUCGUUCGUCCAAGGAGACACCAGCGUGUUGGCAGGAGUGUACGGACCGGCAGAGGUGAAGAUUAGUAAGGAAAUCUAUGACCGGGCCACAAUGGAGGUGGUGAUACAGCCCAAAGUGGGACUACCAGGAGUGAAGGAGCGAGCCAGAGAGCAGUGCGUGCGGGAAACGUGUGAGGCGGCCCUCCUCUCCACUCUGCACCCUCGUUCCUCCCUUUCUCUCGUCCUUCAGGUUGUUCAUGAUGACGGUUCGCUGCUGUCCUGCUGCCUGAACGCGGCCUGCAUGGCGCUGAUGGACGCGGGGCUCCCCAUGGGCUGCCUCUUCUGCGGGGUCACCUGUGCCAUCGACCCGGAAGGACACAUCGUCACCGACCCCACGGCCCAGCAGGAGAAGGACAGUCGCGCCGUGAUGACCUUCGCAAUCGACAGUGCGCAGCACAGAGUGAUGAUGUCAUCAACCAAAGGGUCGUUUUCAGUUAACGAGCUGCAGCAGUGCAUAGCAGUCAGCCAGAGAGCUUCAGAGAAGAUCUUCCAGUUCUACAGAGAAUCGAUCAGGAGACGGUAUUCCAAGACUGUCUGACCGCGACCACACCCUUCCCUUCCGCCUCUGUACCCAACCCUGGGUCAAAUGCUUCAUUUGAAAUGCGUUGACCAAUUCAGACAACGGUAAAACUCCUGCAGAUUACUGACAUUUUUAAAAGCAGAACAAAAAUGAACAUGUCACCUGUGCACUCAAAUACAUAUUUGACCCUGGCCUGUGUUAAUUCUUUUUUGUUUAAUAAAAUAUGUAGAAAAUUUA